UCACAAGUUUCAUCUCGCUUCGGGGUUGACCUCUGUUGCGCUGUACUGUCACUGCAACAGGGGCUGGGAGCCGCGUCCCCUCCCCGCCUCUUUCCGCUAGGCACGAAAGACACCCGCCCCCACUACUACAAGCCCGAUUGUAUCUGCAAAGGUGCCUGGCCAAAAAUGGGCAAUCAAACCUCCGCCCAGCGACAAGCCGGGGCCUCGGGACCAUCGUCGUCCGCCGCAUCGGCUCAAGCCUCGGCGACGGGUAGCGAUCCUCCCACCCGCUCGCAUUCUAGGCGCGAUUCGAAGCAUCCCAUCCCCGUCCAGAAUCAACGCGCCGCUGCCCCGCCGGAGCAGUCUUCAGCUCAAGCCCAAGGUUCCACCACAGUGCCCCCGCGAUCGCAACAAUAUCCUCUCGGUGUCCCCUCGCCCUCGUCCAGCGUGUCCAGGUCGACCGAGUUACCCUCCCGCCCGUUGCAGACAGGGCCGGCUGACGGGCCUAGCAAGCCCGUCGCCGUGCCGAACGCUUCGCAGGCGCAACAGAACCACCAGCCACAUAAAGCACACAUACCAGGCGAAUCUGCGCCAGGCGAAGGCGCGGGGUCCGAGGCUCUCGAGACCCCGGAGGCUGCCAUGGUUCCCACCAGCAGCAUGUCAGACUUGUCGUACAUAACGCGCCCGCCACGGCUGCCGUUGCCCAUUGAGGAGGAGAUCCACACACCUGGAUCGCCCAUAAUAUCACCAAAUGAGAAUGUUCCCGGCUCCCCCACAGGUGCCGUCGAGACUCUCGACUCGGAGGAGACUCUGAACCGCAAGUCCUCUGCAUUGAGCUCGGGUACCUACAACCAUGAAGCUGAAGAAGAAGACGAGGGCGGCGAUGAGCUCAGUGUCGACAAGACCAGACCUACUGUGCCUUUCCGCCUCGAGUGGCCGCAUGGAGGCGAGAAAGUCUACGUUACAGGCACGAUCUUCCAGUGGAACCGCAAACAUCGAUUGCAUCCAGUCGAGGGCAAGCCCGGCCACUUUGCCGCAACGAUCAACAUCCUCCCCGGAACCCACCACGUUAGAUUUUUGGUGGACGGGCAGAUGCAGACAUCCACGGAAUUGCCUGUCACGGUGGAUUUUGGUAACAAUCUCGUGAACUAUAUCGAGGUCAGCGUGGCCGAGCCAACCCCUUCAGGAACUGUUCAGCCGGAUGCACCCGAAAAGAAGGUUCCGCAGCAAGAACUCGCAGGCUCAAGGGGACCCUCACAAAUAGAUGAGAAAACCGUGCGCUACAAGGAGGUCGAUCCGAAGGAAGUGUUUGAGCAUGAGAUUCCAACCUACCUGGUAGAUUUCGAUCAGCCAGAAGAUUCACAUGCGUACCACUUGUCAGUUGGUGCUAUAGAAAAGCUACCUCCGGCGCCUGCUCUUCCUGGCUUCCUCAGCAAGCCUAUCCUGAACGCGGCAGUUCUGAUCAAGGACGACAACAGUGUGCUCAACAUGCCGAACCACACAGUGUUGAACCACCUUGCCACUUCAAGCAUCAAGAACAACAUCUUGGCCGUGUCGGCAACGACGAGGUACAAGAGCAAAUACGUCACCACCAUCAUCUACAAGCCAACAGGUCAAGAUGGCUGA